AUAAAUAUCAAUAAGCAAGCCAUGCUACUUUGAAAAAGAUCAUGGGUGUAAUAACUUGUGACGCUGAGUUAACUUCCUCAGUUCCUGCAGCUAGAAUGUUCGAGGCUGUUGUCCUCGACUCGGACAACCUCAUACCUAAGAUCAUGCCUCAGACUAUAGAAAGUGUCGAAAUCCUCAAGGGAGAUGGAGGUGUUGGAACCAUAAAACUCGUUAAUUUUGGCGAAGGCAGCCAGUUUAAGAGCGUGAAGCACCGUGUGGAUGCUCUUGACAAAGAAAAUUUCAAACAUAGUCACAGCAUUGUUGAAGGGGAUGUUCUCAUGGGAAUUUUUGAAUCAAUCACCUAUCAUAUCGAAAUUGUAGCCACUGCUGAUGGAGGAUGUAUUUGUAAGAACAGAAGCAUUUACAACACCAAGGGUGAUGUUCAAAUCACUGAGGAGAAAAUUAAGGCAGGCAAAGAGAGAACCGUAGCAAUGUUCAAGGCUAUCGAGGCCUACCUUCAGGCCAAUCCAGAUGCCUGAAUCGAGCAUACCACAUUUGACAAAGUGAACUUGACGGUGGUUGAGCUUGACAGUGUGAAGAAAAGAACUCAAUUAUACUGUUCAAUCACAUUCAAUAUCACGAGCUUAAUUAUGAGUGCCAAACUUGCAGUUUACUUUUCCGAACUAAAUACUGAUUUCACAAAAAUAUUUAUGGUUCUCUUUAAUGUUAUUUUUUUUACUAGUUUUGCUGACAAGUUGUACUUCAGUACUGUGUUCCAUCAUAAAAAAAUAUUUCUUGUAUUAUAUAACAUAUUGAAUCUUAAAGAAUGAAUUUUAA